UCAAAAAUGGUUGACGUGCCUGCUUGGGCAUGCUUGUAUUGUGUAUGAAGCCAUAUCCUUUUGCCAUUUAUUAUUGUAUGUAUUGUUUUUACAACCACAUAAUUUGAUAUUUGUAUUGAGAAAUGCUGAAUGACCAAGAAGCUACCGAAAUAACGAACGUUGAAGUUGGCAAUUUUGUAUGGAUGUGCAGGUGAUGCUGUAUCAGAUUUAGUCACAAAUGCAAACGAAACAUGACUUUCACAGAGAUGGAUUCCAGCCUCCUGGUAUGGAUGUCUACAGAGGGAGGCAAAAAACCACCUUAGGACAGGGAACCCCAAAGUUGAUAAAGGAUGAUGGAACAAAUUACAUUCUCAUCGUAAAUCAGCAGUCACAAAAGACAUCAAAGACCCAGAUACCAAAUGCAGAAAUGCUUUUAAAGUCUACCAAUGCCCCUCAGUUUGUUCUUUCUGAAAAUAAAAGUAAAAUGUCUGGGACAAAUGCCAGAGUCACUCAUGAUAAAGUUGGUCAUGAACAAUGGAAACCACAAAGCAAGACAAUAUCUCGUUGCAAAGGACACUUUGGAAGUGACAUAAGAGAACGUGUAAAAUUAAACUUCUCAGACUUGGGAUUUGAUAAUUAUGACAGUACCGCAUCAUCAAUUAAUGUUUUCAAUGAUGAUUCUGAAAAAAAGGAGUGUUCAGCAGCUGUUAAGUCAUUGGAUGAGGGAUACUCGGAAUCUGCCAUGAUAAUUGAAGGUUUUGUUCAACAACAGCAUACAGAUUUAAACCUGGAUGAAACGGAAGCAAUGAAAAGUCCUAACAAUGUAUCAAGGUCUACAUACACUCCUUCCACCUGCAACAUUGAUCUCUCUGGAUCUUCUGGAUACCAGUCAGCUGGAGGAUCAAGUUGGCUCACCAGUCCAACCCCUUCCGAUUUAACUUCGCCAAGUCCAAACAAUGCUGCGAAACAAGUUAUACUGAUCUCACCUGGCCCAAGUAGAACAAUAGCUUCAUCUGUAUCCAGUCAGGAACCGUCCAACUAUUCUAUAACCUCACCUGUGUCCUCGUUAGCUUGUAAUCUUAAAGGAACAGCAUUCUUUCAGUCACCAACUGGUAUUUCACCUGUCCUUUCACAGAUUCAGCAUGACUUGGGAAAACCCCUAUCCAGUUCUACUCCUGUUGAAAAUAAAUCCAUAUCUGUUUCUGCCAUUAAUACUUCCACAGGAGCUUCUCCAAUUCCAAGUACGACCAAUAGCAUUAAGAAUUUCACACAGGUACAGACUUCUACUGCAUAUCAUCCCCUGGACAGUAGGGCUUCUGCUGCAAAAUGUCUUAAAUCUAUGAAUAUUGUGUUGCCUAACUUGAGCCAAAUACCAAAAACAAAUACGAAAAUGACAAUUACUGAAAAGGGCAUUAAACAAGAACCUCCAGAGCCACCUGACCCACAGGCGGGGGAGGUAGUUAUUCACAUCAACAUCAAGGAACAACAGACUGUGGUCAAAAUGGAGAAGGACCAAUCUCGACCAAGUACUCCUCAUCUCUUUAAAUCAGAGUCACAGUCUCCAGACUUGAGCAAUACAUCAGACUGUCUAAAUAAUUCCCUCACCAACAUGCACUGGUUGAAAGGUAUUCAAGGCAUCAAUGAGGCAGUGCAGGGUAGCCCCAGGAUAGCCCCUUCUGUUGUUGAGACCCCCAAAAGUGUUGCAUCCAACCCUUUACAGUGGCGCUGCCUCAGUACCUCAGAUGUUGAAAAGAUUGCAAGGGAGUGUGGUCGUCACAAAAGGCCACCAUUUUCAUACAUGACGCUCAUACAGAUGGCUCUGAACUCACGAGAGGACAAGCGUAUGACACUGAGGGAAAUUUGUCAUUGGAUAGAGGAUACAUUCCUCUACUAUAGAUACACUGCUAAACCAGGCUGGAAGAACUCCAUACGCCACAACCUUUCCCUGUACAGUAUAUUUGAGCGGGAAAAAUCUAAAAAGCAUGGAUCCCACUGGACAAUACGAGAUGACUGUCCGGAAAAGUCCAAGUCAGUUCCAGCUAGAGAUGGAUUGAGGAAAGGAGCUGGCCAAUUGGGGAUUGGAACUAUGCUUCCCUUGACCCUUCCAACCUUCUUACAGCAAUCACAUGGACCUAAAUUGGCAUUACCUCCUAACCCAGCAUUGACAGACAGGUCUAAAAAAGGUCCCCAGCCGAUCCUGCCUCGGCCAAUGGCAGUGUCACAGACCCCUCUACAGACCUACGCACUCAUCCCCAUACAGAACAUGGGCCAGGGCGUUCAGCAGGGCAUCCAGAUCCCAGAUCAGGGCCAGCCAAUGAUAAUCCAGCUGGCCAAGUCUGGGCAGAGUCUAGCAUCCCACUCAAACCCAGAAUCUCCCUUACUUUCUCCCUUGGUGCCAAAUGCUGAGGAGAAACCAUCAUGUACUCGGCUUAAAAAGAAACGUUAUUCCAUCAUUGCUCCAAAGGAGACCUCCUUGCCUUCAUCAUCUCCUAAGCAGUCCAUCAGUAUUGUACGUCAAGCUUGGCUUGAUUCACAGAACACUAGUACCAGUGAUGAUGGUGAUACAAAUCGACUGCGAGACUCUAAGUGUAGCCCAACUUCACAGGCACAAACAGGUGCUAAGAAACCCAAGCUGCGAGCAGGUCUUCCAAAACCUAAAAUUUACAUGCGCACAACACCUCCAUCGCGGAAAGGUAAAGCGAGAAGGAAACAGAAACUUGUGGCAAAGGAGCGUGAGCUGAUGGCCGACAGUUCAGAGGAGGAGUUGGACAAUCUCGAGCAGGAGGAUCCCCUGACCAAUGUGUUAUCAACGAGUAGCAGUACAACAGUGUCUACAUCUACUCCACUUAAAGCCUGUGGAUUUCCCUCUCCCCAAAUGCCCUCCCCUAUCAUCGGCCUAACUCCACUUCGCAGUAGUGGACUAUUGGAUUCAAGUUUCUUGGACUGCUUGAAGGAUUCUGAUACAGAAUCAAAGGGCUUUUUGAUAUCUCCUGACAUCCGAUGUGCAAAAAAGUUAUCUCUUGGGCAAAACCGAACUCCUCCCAACUCUACAGUGUUAGAUUUUAACUUCUCCUUUUCUCAAACUCCCUUGCGUUGUGACCCAGGAACAGACUUUGGGGGAGGGGACCAUAACCAAAGUCUUUCAAAAUUCUUGGCCGAGUUUCCAAUUGACACUAAUAUGAUGGAAGAUGGACUGCCUGUCGACAUUUCAAGUCUAAAUUGGAGUGUUGGAGAACAGGAUCAAAGUCCAUUAAGUAGUUGAUUUAGGCAUGCAAUCUUAGUGAAAAACCAAUUACUAGUAAUGUACUUUGAAGGACCUGCUUCAGACAAUUCCUCCUAGAAAAUGUCUGAUUCGGACAUGUCCUUUUAGGGAUCAACGGUUUCAAGCAUGUCCUAGGGAAUGACUGAUUCAGGCAUCUCCUCGGAGAGAACAACUGUUCCAGGCAUGUCCUAUAGCUGGGGAAUGACUGAUUCAGGCAUGUCCUCCUAGGGAACAACUGAUUCAGGCAUGUCCACCGAGGGAAUGACUGUUUCAGGCAUGUCCACCGAGGGAACAACUGAUUCAGGCAUGUCUGAGGGAAUGACUGAUUCAGACAUGUCCUCCAAGGGAACGACUGAUUCAGACAUGUCCUCAAAGGGAACAACUGAUUCAGGCAUGUCCACCGAGGGAAUGACUGUUUCAGGUAUGUCCACCGAGGGAACAACUGAUUCAGACAUGUCCUAGGGAAUGACUGAUUCAGAUGUGUCCUAGGGAACGACUGAUUCAGACAUGUCUGAGGGAAUGACUGUUUCAGGCAUGUCCACCGAGGGAAUGACUGUUUCAGGCAUGUCCACCGAGGGAACAACUGAUUCAGACAUGUCCGAGGGAACGACUGAUUCAGACAUGUCCUCCUAGGGAAUGACUGAUUCAGGCAUGUCCGAGGGAACGACUGAUUCAGACAUGUCCACCGAGGGAAUGACUGUUUCAGGCAUGUCCACCGAGGGAACAACUGAUUCAGGCAUGUCCUUUGAGGUAAUGACUGAUUCAGACAUGUCCUCCGAGGGAAUGACUGGUUCAGGCAUGUCUUCUGAGUUUGUUCUCCUGAAUUGUAUGCUAUCCAAAGAGUUGUCUGAUGCUGGCAUUCGGCUCUAAUUUAAUUUGAAAACAUCAUGCUGUCAGACACAAGUCCAAAAUUUUAAUGUAAAAUCAUGUUUGAGAUGUGGUGUGAGGAUGUGAUGUUGUUUUGUACUGUAAAUGGUUUUAAUGUUUACUAGGUAUAAAUCUGAAUUAGAUCUAGUUGUUGAAUUAUUUUCUUUCAGAGAAAACCUUCAAACGCAUUUUGUAUUAGGAAUACCAAUAAUGCUAUUUAACAUACAGAGAUUAAUGAAUAUGAUACUUUAUCCUACAGUUAUUAAACCACUUGAAAUUAAUCUGAUCUAAUUAACUUUAAGGUUAGCAAUCCCUCAAAAACAAAGUAUUUUCGUGUAUACUGUAUAUACAAUAUUUUCAUGUAUUAUAUACCUCUCAAACAAAAGAGUUCUUCCUAUUACAUAGCUGUAAAAAGCCCAGCACACUGAUCAUUGAUUAUAUGUAAGAAAAAUUCAUUGGGUUUAAUUCAUAAAUCUCAUGUGAAAUGGACAGUUUUUAAUUUGCUGGGGCAAUGUUCAGGUAAGCUAUUGCUAUACCACCGGCAUUGGCAUUCGUCAACAGCUAGAUUAAAGAUUUUAUAAACCAGUGUUAAGUCAAUAGUAAUGAAGAUACAGCUUACCGUAUUUAUCACAUGUUUCUUCCUUGUGACAAGACUUUUCCAUUGGUACAACAUUUGCAUACCUGCUGUCCUUGACCUGACAGCUACUUUUAAAAAACUUUAACCUUGGCCACAGUAUAUUAACUGUAUGUGAUAGGACUUUCAUAUUUGACAAUUUGUGUUCCUUGUGAUAAGACCUUUCCAUUGGUUCUACAUUUGUGGACCUUGACCAUGAUGUUAAACCUUGCCCACAAUAUAUGAACUGUAUGAUAAUUAUGAUACAGGGCUUUCAUAUUUGACAUUUGUGUUCCUUGUGAUAAGACCUUUGGUUGUACAUUUGCAGACCUGCUGACCUUGACUUGUCACAUUUGACCUACUUUUCAAAACUACUAGGGAAUGUCAACCCACUCUGGGAGCUAUAUAUUGUGUCUUCUGACUUAGUCCUGUUGGUCCUCUUUAUACAUUAUUUGAAACACCCUUCUUUGUUCAAAUGGAAUAUGUUUAUAAUAUUGGUAGAGGUUUAGUUACAUGUAUAUAAUAAUUUUAAAAUCCAACAGAAGAUUUUGCAACCUGUUCUCUUGGUCUGUGAAUUGUGAAAAAACAACACAUACACAUAUGUACUAUAGAUUUUUAAAACUGAUACAUGUACAUAGUGAUUCAUUUGAUGGAAUAUUGCAAAGAAAAGCAGUGUCAUAAGGCUGUGAGGUUAGGACGUGUGUAAGAAAAAGAUUUCUACAUAAUAACAUGUACAUGAUUAAAUAAUCAACAUUUCUACCAUUCUUAUUGUUUGUAUAUUUGGUUUUGAACAAUAACUAUUCUGUCCAUAGAUGAAAAUUUGAUCCAUUAAGUUUUUUUCUUACUUAUAAAACCACAAGUAAUUAGACACCUGUUUAAUUAAUUAUGCAAGCAAUGGAUGGUAUUUUGCCCCAAGCUUUUUUGACAUUUAACCUGUUAAAAUCUUAAAUCAUGAAAUUUUCAGCUAUCUGAUAUUUUGUAUAAAUGUUUGGACAGAACGAUUCAGUCACGUUUUCAGUAGUAACCAGAUUUAAUUUACUUUUCUUACUAGAAUUGGCUCAGUUACAUUACACAUUUUACAAGCUUUACCUUAUUACGUUAGAACAUACUUGGAAGUCUUCCUUCAUUUAAAGUUUAAAGGAUAAUAUAUGCAAAUGUUUCUGUUGAAUUUAUAGGAAAAAAGAUUUUGUAGAUUUUUAUCUUGCUGUAUGUAGACAUCCCACUGUGAUUGGUAGUGUUCCGUAGUUUACUGUAUCAGUGGUGUACAGAUAACAUUUCCCAGACGACACCUUGUAUCAUCAAUCUUACACACUGUUUCUGUAUGUUUGUUGUUGAGUGUCAUGUUAAAGAUUGUACAAACCUCGGGGUGUUUAUAUAUACAUUUAUGUAUAAAACAAUUAUCCCUCUGUUGUUACUGUAUAAACAUACUCUGUAUGUUGAUAUAUGCUGUCACAGCUCAAUGUGCCUUGUGACUUUAAAUUAUUAAAAAUAUUUUACAUAUA